AUGAUGGCACCCCGACAGGUCAUCUCCGUCGACAAGAACUGGCGGUUCAAGCAGGCAGACAAGGACGAUAGCAGCUACUUGCCCGUCGCCCAGUUCCCCACAAACGUCCACCUCGACCUGCUCGCCCACGGCCUCAUCCCGGACCCCUUUAUCGGCAAGAACGAGCUCGACGUCCAGUGGGUCGGCGAGGAGGCAUGGACCUACAAGACGACCUUCCGGGCACCCGCCGUCCCAUCCGGCGCCAAGGCCGUCCUGGCGUUUGACGGCCUCGACACCUUCGCCACUGUCCUGCUCAACGGGGAGAAGAUCCUCGAGUGCGACAACAUGUUCACCCCGGAGCGGGUCGACAUCACGCCCGUCGUCAAGGCCGAGGGCGACAACGAGCUGGUCAUCACCUUUGACAGCGCGUACCUCAGGGGCUGGAAGCUGGUCGAGCAGUAUCCAGACCACAAGUACCUUUUGGCCAACGGCGACGCCUCCCGGCUGCCUGUGCGCAAAGCGCAGUACCACUGGGGCUGGGACUGGGGUCCGACGCUAAUGACCUGCGGCCCCUGGAGGCCGAUCAACCUCGAGAUCUUUGAGUCCCGGAUCGCAGACCUGCACUUCCAGACCACCGUCGAUGACUCCCUGCAGUCAGCAACCGUGGUCGCGCACGCCGAAGUCGAAGGCAGCGGAGAGGGCAAGGUCCGCUUCGACGUCUCCCUCGAUGGCAGCUCCGUCGCCUCGGAGACGGUCGCCGUCAAAGCCGGCACCUCAUCUGCAACCUUCCACAUCGCCAAGCCCGCCCUUUGGUACCCGAUCCUCUACGGGAAGCAGCCGCUGUACACCGUCAAGGCUACCCUCCUCACAAGUAGUACGAGUAGCGAGGAAGAAGCAGACACGGCCUCGAAGCGCAUCGGGCUGCGCAAGGCAGAGGUCGUCCAGCGGCCCCUCGACGGCCAGCCCGGCACGUCCUUCUUCUUCCGCAUCAACAACAUCCCCGUCUUCUGCGGCGGCAGCGACUGGAUCCCCGCCGACAACUUCAUCCCGCGCAUCUCGCCGCAGCGGUACCGCGACUGGGUCAAGUGCAUCGCCGACGGCAACCAGCUCAUGGUGCGCGUCUGGGGCGGCGGCCUGUACGAGGAGCAGGUCUUCUACGACGCCUGCGACGAGGCCGGCAUCCUCGUCUGGCAGGAUUUUAUGUUUGGCUGCGGCAACUACCCGACCUUCCCGGCCAUCCUCGAGUCCGUCCGGCGCGAGGCCGAGGAGAACAUCCGCCUGCUGCGCCACCACCCGUCCAUCGUCAUCUGGGCUGGCAACAACGAGGACCACCAGUUCGCCGAGGGCUUCAGCCUCACCUACGACUACGAGGACAAGGACCCGCAGAGCUGGCUCAAGACCGACUUCCCGGCCCGCUACAUCUACGAGAAGCUCCUGCCCGACGCCUGCGCCGCGCUGAUCCCGGACGUCUUCUACCACCCGGGCAGCCCCUGGGGCGCCGGGCGCGACACGCACGACCCGACCGUCGGCGACAUCCACCAGUGGAACGUGUGGCACGGCACGCAGGAGAAGUGGCAGAACUUCGACAAGCUGUCGGGCCGCUUCGUCUCCGAGUUCGGCAUGCAGGCCUUCCCCAGCGUCAAGACCAUCGACGGCUACCUCCCCCUCGGCAAGGGCGACCCGGACCGCUACCCGCAGUCGGCGACGGUCGACUUCCACAACAAGGCCGACGGGCACGAGCGCCGCAUCGCGCUCUACCUCGUCGAGAACAUGCGGUACGGCCCGGACCCCCUCGAGCAGUUCGUCUACUGCACCCAGCUCAUGCAGGGCGAAUGCCUGGCCUCGGCCUACCGCCUCUGGCGCAGGCAGUGGCGGGGCCCCCGCAGGGAGUACUGCGCCGGCGCGCUGGUCUGGCAGAUCAACGACUGCUGGCCCGUGACGUCGUGGUCCAUCGUCGACUACCACCUGCGGCCCAAGCUGGCGUGGCACACGGUGCGGCGCGAGAUGGCGCCCCUGGCAGCGGGCGUCGCGCGCAGGGUGCACCGCCACCCGCGCGGCAAGUACACGCGGGCGCGCGUCGACGUGCGCACCGAGGCCGAGGUCUGGGGCUCGAACCUGACGCUCGCCGACGUGGAGGUCGACUGCGUCGUGCGCGCCUUCGACGUCGAGACGGGCGCGCUGCUGCGCGACGAGCGCGUCGCGCGCGGCGUCGUCCUGCGCGAGAACAGGUCCACCGAGAUCGCGGCGCUCGAGGUCGGCGACGCGGCCAAGAGGGACGGCGAGGUCGGCUGCGCGGGCCGCACCGUCGUCGCGGCGUACCUGGUCCGGCCCGGCGGCGGCGCGGGGGAGCAGCAGCUGGCGCGCUACGUCAACUGGCCCGAGCCGCUCAAGUACCUGCACCUGCCGCGGCCGGCGGACCUCCGGGCCGAGCUGUCGGCCGACGGGACCGAGGUGGCGGUCAGCGCCGGCGUGCCGGUCAAGGGCGUGGCGCUCGAGUGCGAGGACGACGCCGUGCGGUUCGAGGACAACAUGGUCGACGUCGUGCCGGGGGAGACGGUGCGCAUCGCCGUCCGGGGCGCGACGGCGGCGAGCGUCGUCACGACGAG